CACUGUUCACACGCGAGUGAUCUAUUCAAAUAACCGACGUCCGGUCGACUAACUUGGCCUUAAGUGCAAAAAGCGUGAAGUCAACACGACAGAAGCCGAUUCCUUAUAACGUGCACAGCUGUUUCCCUAUAAACACAUUUUUCUCAUACUGGGAAUACUGACUAUAUAUAAACACUACGUUUGCAAUUAUCGCCAACAUACAGCGACAGUGUUAAGGAUAUUGUGAUGAUCGUAUUACUCAUUGCACUGUGUUUGCCUGCAGUAGGGAAAACAGACUCUUGGAACCCAGUUGUAUCAUACAUUGUUUUAAGACGAAACAGUCAGCUCUCAGACUUCGGCGCAGCACCGCGUCAUAUGCCCAGUGAGCUCCUGCCGCUUUCACCGUUGCAACCGUUUGAGAAUUCAGCACCGAUCCACAAUUACCGACCGGAAUAUCGAGUCGAAAGCGACCCACCUGAUAACCCAAUUUACUUGACCGUAAGAGAACACCAAUCGAAGCUUUAUAUAUCGCGUGUUGUGGAAGAAAAAAUGAAUCGGCCAUUUUUCACAAAUUCUAAUAAUAAACCAAAUAAUAAAGAACAGACAUCUAGAAGCAUGAACGACCAAAUACAUUUCCCGAUUGAUGAACCACCGAAGCCGGAUCGUACAUUGGACGUCUCGACACCUAAUGAGGAUGUAGCAGCUUACUUGACUGAAAGGGAAAGCGAGGUAACUACACUGAGACCUGUGGAAGCCAUCACCAACUCCGGUCCCAAUACUACGGAAAUAUCCGUGGAUGAUCGAGCGUCCUUUGACGGCGAUCCCUGUCCAGCGGGGUUCGUCAAAGUUAACGGCAAAUGUGUGGAGAAAGAUUAAAUUAUAUUGUGAAUCCUAAAAAUUGUGGACAAUGUUUAGCAAGGUCUAGUGUAUAAUUAUGGGUAAUUAUGGAACCUACCUACCUAUUUAUCUACGUAAGUACAUUCGUGAUGUGUGCAUUAAUGUGGCUCACCGAGACUAAAUUAUAAUGACUUCCCUACAUAUAUUUUGUGAGUAAGAUGCAAAAUAAAUGUUAAAAUUAUUAUUUUGUUUAUUAUUGUUAAUAUAUGAAUAAACUGUUAUUUGUGUAUAUUAUUAAUUUUAUAUGAGACUAUUCACUUUCUCGUUAUACUAAUAUUAUAAAAGAAAAAAGUGCGUUUGUCUGUCUGUUUGUUAUCUUUUUAGAACCAAACGACUGAAAGGUUUUAAAAGUAAUUUGACAUGAAGAUUGAUGGUAUCACAAAGAAUGUUUUGUCCCAAAAAAGCAAAUUUAAUCGCUGGGUAAUAAUAACUAGUGUUUAUAAUACAAAAUAUGAAAUUGUUAUAAUUAUUUCAUUAUAAAUGACAGGUUCUUAUUGUUCUGGACUAAUCACAACGGAUUUUCUCUCAUGUCG